AUGGCAGUUUCUUCUGAACAACUAGCAAUCAAUAAACCGGAUCCAUGGCAAGAUCUUAGAGGCAAGAUUGUUAUGGUUACUGGCGCAUCUUCUGGCAUCGGCUGGGAAUUUUGUAUCGCCUUAGCCAAAUCUGGUUGCAGGAUCAUUGCCAUUGCCCGUCGAAUGAACCGUCUCAAGUCAUUGUGCGAUGAAAUUAACAAUUUGGAUAGACAGGAGAACGAAGGUGAAGCAAGGAACCCUCGAGUAUUGGCAGUGGCGGUGGAGCUUGAUGUCAAUGCCGACGGUUCAACUAUUAAAGCAUCCGUGAGAAAGGCUUGGGAAGCUUUUGGCCAUAUCGACGUGUUGAUCAACAAUGCUGGUAUUAGAGGUCCUGUACAAAAUUCAUUGGAUUGGUCAGAAGAAGAUUGGGAUGAAGCCUUUAGAACAAAUGUAAAAGGAUCAUGGUUGGUAUCAAAGUAUGUUUGCCUUCAAAUGCAUACUUCAAAUCAAGCAGGAUCUAUAAUCAAUAUCUCUUCGACUGCUGCUCUUCAUCGAAGUACAUAUUCACCAGGAUGUCUUGCAUAUGCUUCUUCGAAAUCAGCCCUUGACACUAUGACAAAAGUGAUGGCAAUGGAACUUGGGAAAUACAAUAUAAGGGUAAACUCUAUAUGCCCGGGUCUUUUCAAAUCCGAAAUUACCAUUGAACUUAUGCAAAAGAAGUGGCUUAAAAAUGUUGCUUCAAAAGUAGUGCCGCUUAGAGACUUUGGCACUAUUGACCCAGUCUUGACGUCGUUGAUUAGGUACUUAAUUCAUAACUCAUCUGAUUACGUGACAGGUAACAUUUUUAUUGUAGAUUCUGGAUAUACCUCAUCAGGUAUACCACUCUAUUCGUCGCUUUAAAUUUACCUUAUGUUUUUAGUACGCUAUGCUAUGUUGGUAACAAUAAUGUAUUGAAUAAAAUCUUUUUAGAUCUUGUUCCUCAAAUUACAAUUAAUAUGACAGUUAUGCUAGUUUUCUUUAA